GGAGCGGUGUGUAAACAAGCAGCCCUAUUAGCGGCAGAAUGGAGAACAGGAGCAGAAAUAAACCAUAAACUGCGCCUAAUAAAGAGGAGGCAUGAGGAGACGCCUCUGACCAAUCCGAUGUUUGACGCUCUUGACGUUCAGGAUGCUUCAAGCCGACACCGUCCAGCUCCUGUGCCUGACGGCAGCCAGCGGGGUGCCACUGUUUUCCCGGGGCUCCUCUAAGCAGCUGCCCUUCUCGGUCAUCGGCUCCCUGAACGGCGUCCACAUGUUCGGGGCCGGGCAGGGCACUGUGCUGUCCAGCUGUGAGACGGAGCGGGGCAGCCGGGUGGUGUGGCGGGUGUUUCAGGACAGCCUCAUGCUCAUAGCUGUGAGUGGCGGCGGCAACAAGGCGCUUAGCGAGCUGCAUCUUCGCCGCCUGCUGGAGAACACGUGGAACUGCAUGGUGCUGGUGCUGGGAAGGGACGAGUUGGCCAAUGUGCGCAAUGUUGAGCGACUCAAGAGGGAGCUAAGGUCUUGCUACCGCUUGAUCGACAGGCUCCUGGAGCGUGGUGGUGAGGAUCAGGGAUUUAUGGGUGAUUUGACGCACUGUGCCGACUGCCUGGUGCCGGCACAGCCUGGGAUACUGCAGGAGACGCUGGACUCCUUCACCCAGGCUGCCGACAGCGAGUUCGGGUGCUUGCUUAUCCGGGGACGGGUAGCUGUGGCUACUGAUAAGUGGUUGCGCCUCGCUCCUCAAGAGGUUAUUCUUCUAUCCACCCUCGCCAACUCGCUCUCUGGGGUGACGUCUUGCGACUACCCGGUCUUUCUACCCCAGGGCAGCCCUACGGUCGCCCACAGGUUGCUCUGUUUCCAACUGUUGCCCAGCGCAGUCGUUUGCGUGCUUUGUGGACCAAGCCCUUCUUUGCACCGUGUGGAGAGCGAGCUGGUGGGCUCCUUUUGGUCCCCCUUGGUAGAAACUCUCCGCGGAUGUCUAGAACAGGCCGAACGUUCAUCUCUUCCACCCUCCGUCAGCCUCCGUUGGGAUAUCCAAGCCUUGCUGGUCAUCAACCGCGAAACCCGGCGCUCAGUGGUGGCCUCUUCACGAGCAAGCAGCCAAAACCCUUCAGAAGCACCACCUUUAUCUUCUCCAGCUCGUCGCUGGGAACUCUUACGCCACUUUUACAUGUUCGCUGUGACUCGCUAUUUCACCUCAGAGGAGGUGACCACCUCACCGACCUUACCUGCCACACCCGCCACUCCUGCCGCACCAGCCACACAAGCCUCGUCCACCCCUGCCACUCCCCACGAGUCGCUCCACGAGGACUUUUCCAAAGGCUUCACCCACCAACCCACGCAGUGCUACCUCGUGACGGACGAGUGCAAGUGUUACGGCCUGCAGACGCCUCAGCACCAGCUCUACCUCCUCACAGAUCUCUCCGUGCCCACCUUCGCCCUGCGCUCCGUCGCUACGCUCACCCUCAGUGCCGUCACUGGAGCUACCGGCUUCUAGGGCAUCUAGGGAUUGAUUGACUGUAGUGGAUUAUAUGGUCACUGGGUCGUUUUCGCAAAUAUUAGCACAUAUUUGAACGUUAGGGCUGCACAAUACAUAAAGCAUGUAACUAGUAGGCCUGUCACGAUAAGCCUUUUUUGUGGAUGAUAUAUUGUCCCAGAAAUUAUUGCGAUACACGAUAUUUUUGUCCGACAUAUUUAUUUGUAUCGAACUCCAAUAGAGCAGAAAUUUUAAGCCACACUGGGAUUUUGCGCUAUAAUAUGCACAAUAAAUAUCACAGUAAUUCUGAUCCAAUAAAAUAUUAAUGAUGAUUGGAUCUGUAGAAAUGCACCAGAAUAACUUUGAAUAAAAGACAUUUUAAAAGUCCUUCCUUGAAUUUAAGAAGGUUUGGAGAUACAAGGGUUUUGUAAAAGAUUCACUAGAUAAUGCAUCCUUAUUAUUUCAGUCAGAGAAAUGCAGGCCACUGUUUAUUCAUGUCAAAUGUUUCACAAGUUUACCAAAGAAUCACAAUAUGGAGCAUUGUAAAUACAAUUAUUAUUAAUUAUCAUUUUAUCAAUAUUGUGCAGCCCUAAUGUUGACUGUAGAUGAUCUCCUUCACUGUGUAUUAAGUCCUGCUCUACAAAAUCUUGGAAAUGUGACAGAAGUGCCUAGGUUCUAUUUUGGUUUGAAAAUCUACUGUAAUGUCUUUAUGUAGAGCUGUAGAGCCUUUAUUUUUUACCACAGUGGUAAAAUAAGUAUAUAAGGACUUUACUGUUCACUGUUUGACUACUUUCUAAGAAUCUUGAAAAUCUAGGAAAAAAACUCAAUACCUGAAGAGAGAGGCUCCUGACUGGACAUGUCUGGACAUGUGUAAUGAUGGCUGUUGUCAGCACUUCUACCACCAUACUCCAGUCCAGAAGACCAUCUGAUAUCUACUGAACAUUGUGAAAAAUGCAGAAAUACUGUAUAGAAGUGCACUGUAACACUCAAUGCAGAUGGCCUUUAGGUUUCACAAAAAAUAAUUAAUCCAUAUUGUAGACUGUAUUUAUCGUUCAAUGGAAAGAAAACCUCCAUUAAAAUGCUGUAUAAUCCAUGA